UAGAAACCUAAGGAAGCCAGCAGAAGUAUUUUCUUUUCGGACAGCCCUCAGAAGGCUCAGACAUGUCCAAAGGAAUUUUCAUCUCCAAGGUGCUGGCAGUGUCCAUCUCAGUGGUGACGGUCUCUGCCGUGGCCUCCGUCGUUGCCAUGAUCACCAUCUUCCAAAUUCAAGUGGAGAACAAGCCUCCCGUCCGCCCGCCAACUCCGCCUGUGACCACCCCAGAAACCACUGGGCCACCGCCGAACAUGAGGCUCCCCAAGGACCUGGUUCCUUUCGACUACAGUGUUUUCCUGCAACCUUACCUGUACGGGGAGGUGACCAACAUUACCAACCAGACUUUUGAGCAGAACAUUGGGUUCUCUGGAGAAUCCACCGUCAAGUUUAAAUGCGAGAAAGCCACCAGCAGGAUCUUCGUCCACAGCAAGGACCUGAACGUGACCUUCAUGCAGGUGACUGAUGUGAACGGAUCGAACAUUCCCAUUAAGGAACAUAUGUUUCAUGAAGAUGGGAGCAAUUUCUUGGAAAUUGUGCUUAGUAAACGCAUGAAAACUUCCAGCAUCUACCAACUCCACACCAAAUUCAAAGGAGAGAUGCGGGACGACUUGAGCGGCAUCUAUGUCAGUCAGUACCAGGAAAAUGUGGAUGAAAAACGAUUUAUGGUUGCUAGCCAGAUGCAACCUACGGAUGCAAGAAAGGUUUUCCCCUGUUUUGAUGAACCAGCUAUGAAAGCUGUGUUUCGCAUCACCAUCAGGCAUAGAAAACCGAGUAUAGCUCUCUCCAAUUCAGAGGCAAGAGGAUCUCCCUCAGUGGAAGAAAUCGACGGGGAGACAUGGUAUAAAACUGAAUUCUUUCCAACGAAAAUAAUGUCGACUUACCUCUUAGCCUUCAUUGUGUGUGACUUUGUACCAAAGGAAACCAGCUCUCUGAGGACUACAGUUAGUACCUAUGCCAGGCCUGAAGCAAUACUGGCUGGACAUGCUGACUAUGCACAGUCUAUCACUGGAGAUAUUCUUUCCGUAUAUGAAGAGCUUUUUGGCAUACCCUAUCCAUUAAGUAAACUUGGUCAGAUCGCCUUGCCUGACUUUGCUGCUGGGGCCAUGGAGAACUGGGGUCUGAUCACUUAUCGGGAAACAGCCCUUUUGUAUGAAGAAGGGAUCUCUUCCACAUUCAACAAACAGUGGAUUGCCACAGUCAUCUCUCAUGAGUUAGCUCACCAGUGGUUUGGAAACCUGGUCACAAUGAAGUGGUGGAAUGACCUGUGGCUGAACGAGGGAUUUGCAACCUACAUCUCGUACCUCGGCGUCGAUAAAGUGAAUUCCAGCUGGAACGCUAAAGAUCUGAUGGUCCUCAAUGACAUCCAGUCCGUCUUUCAAGUAGACGCCCUUGCCACCUCGCACCCUCUCAGUUCCAAAGAGCAGGACAUUCGGACACCGGCCGACAUCAGCCAGCUGUUCGAUUCCAUCACAUACAGCAAGGGAGCAGCUGUAUUAAGAAUGCUAUCUGAUUACAUUUCAGACUCUGUUUUUAAAGAAGGCCUCCGUUCCUAUCUAAAUGCUUACAAGUACAGCAAUGCUGAUUACAAAGACCUUUGGAAACAUUUGCAAGAGGCUGUAGUAGCUAACCAGGGACGGCAAGAAGUUGAGGCGGUGAUGAACACGUGGACAGAGCAGAUGGGCUAUCCUGUCCUCACCGUUGACACCAUUUCAGGGAACAUAUCCCAGCAGCACUUUCUUCUCAACCAGACCUCGGAUUACAACUACCUGUGGCUUAUUCCGAUUAAAGUUAUGAAGGCUGGUGGAAAAGUGCGUGAUGAGUUGAUGAGGAAAGGUUCAGACUCGAAAUCAGCGUUUAUCGCUGAAAAGGAUGAGUGGGUUCUGGCCAAUGUCAACUGCACAGGAUAUUUCAGAGUCAACUACAAUCAAGAGAACUGGCAACGACUCCUUCAGCAGUUGAACAACACUCACAGUGAAAUACCAGUCAUCAACAGAGGCCAGCUAAUAGAUGAUGCUUUUAAUCUUGCAAGAGCCAAAUACAUCAACAUCACGCUGGCUUUGAACACAACAAAGUACCUUUCUAAUGAUACAGAGUACAUCCCAUGGGAAUCUGCCUUGAGAAACCUGGAAUUCUUCAUCCUCAUGUUUGAUCGCUCUGAGGUCUACGGCCCUAUGAAGGCGUACCUCAGGAAGCAGGUUUCUCCACUGUACAACUAUUUUGAAAAUUACACCCUCAGUUUAACAGUUCCUGAUAGUCACCAAGAACAGCACAACCAGAUCAAUGCCAUCACGGUGGCUUGCAGCAAUGGCUUACCCAAGUGUACAGAGAUGGUUAAAAGCGUAUUCACUAACUGGAUAGAUGACCCAGUCAACAAUACGAUCCACCCCAAUUUGAAGUCCACCAUCUACUGCAACGGCAUCGCCAUGACGGGGGAGAAGGAGUGGGAUAUCGUAUGGCAGAGGUACCAGGACGCCUCCAUCGCCACCGAAAAAGACAAGCUGAGAUACGCCCUGUCCUGCAGCAAAGACAUCUGGGUUCUCAGCAGAUACCUGUCGUAUACUUUGGACGCAGUCAAGAUAAGGAAGAUGGAUGCCGUGUCCACCAUCAAUUACAUCGCCAGGAAUGUGGCCGGCCAGUCCCUUGCCUGGGACUUUGUCCAAUCACAGUGGUCCUACAUCAGCGAGGAUUAUGGAGGGGGAAUCAUGUCAUUGGGCAGCCUUAUUGAGGGAGUAACACAGAGAUUCUCCACAGAAUUUGAACUCCAACAGCUGAAGCAGUUCCAGAAGGACCACACGGCGGACUCCCUCAGUUCUGGGAUCCGCGCACUGCAGCAGGCCAUUGAGAGAACUCAGGCAAACAUCAAGUGGGUGAAAGAAAAUAAACCGAUAGUACUGGACUGGUUUCGGGGACAGGCCGCGGAGAGCCAAGGGUUUUAACAGCGAAGCGGCAAAGGCGCAUAAACGAGAAACAGAUGGGAAGUCAAGACGGCCAUGCCACUUGAAACCGACAGCUGUGUUUUUGUCCUUUCUGAUGGUUUUUUGAAAUUCUUCCGUCUCUUGAAAAGUUCUGGAAGUGGCUUUUUCUAUGCGAAGGACUGAUACAAAAUUAACGAGUAAGAGUAAUGAUAAUUGAAUGAACAUAUGCAAUAGAUAAUGUGUAACUGAACUUCAGAACACCUUCCAUGGAUGAGGACUAGGAUAUAGCAUAAUUCCUGAAGUACCAUGUGACUGGGUUUCAUUCCAUUUGUGAUUAUGGAAUAGCCAUAUUUUUUAUUUAUUUGUAGGCCUACCUAACCUUACAUAACAUGUUCAUUUGAAACUUGCUCUUUCAGAAAUAUUUGCAAUGUUUACAGAAACAAAUUCACAGCUAAAGCACGUUGUGAAGUUGAAUUACUGAAAAAUAACUGAUAUUUGAAAUUGGACACUGUAGCCUUAUAAUGCUGCAUCUUUGGUUUUACUUGUAAAUAUACUAAAUUCUGCAUAAACAUGAAAAUAUGAUUGUAAAAAAAGCUUUUUAUUAAAAUAAAUUAAUGGCUUACAUGUUUUUGAAGCCAAUGUAAUUACUUGAGUUGUCGAAAGCUUAUUUAUAACUUGCUGAUUUCUGUUAUGAUUUUGAUAUAGAAGGAUAAACUGCUUAAACUACUGAAAGUUUGCUGGACAUAUUUAUUUAAUGGAAAACAUAUGGUAUAUAAAGAAUAAUAAACAGGCGGUAGAAUG